AGAGAGAGAGAGAGAGCAUUAUCAGAGAGGAAGAGUGCUUUCCCACUGUUGACUGUCGGCAGUGUCACUGCUCCAUUGAGCUUUUGGCAGUAGAAGCACCUUCACUCGCUCGCUCCACACACGCGGCGUUAACACGCUGACUGAACCUCCUCCACUUCAGCUCAAACUCCACUUCAGCGGACUACUUCAACACGACGGCUGCUUAUCUGCCUUUUCUCUGCUGGUUUCAAGAGCUUUUCUAAAAGUUACAAUAUUUUUAUUUCCCCCAUUUCUCUCGGACCAGUUUUAACUCAGAAUAAAAGGGACUUUUUGUUUUCUUUCCUCCUACAUCUUCAGUUCAGAUGUGUGGAACAUGGCAUAUAUGUUUGCUUCAAACGCCACAGGACUGCUGGAUAUGCACUAUUUUUCAGGAUGACUGAAUAAUAUCCCAAAAGGAAUUGAUGCUGUUGCUCAACAUUUGGAGAUAUGGUGGUAUAAAAUGCAAGAUUAAAUACAUCAUCGUCAUGGUAUCUCAAUCACUCGACUGAAGACCGAAUAGCACCUAGCUAUGUCUCUUUGCCGCUGCUCGUUUCUGACAUACAGUUUGAAAAAUCACAAACAUUGAUCUCUGAAUACUGAAACAUGGAAUCUCUGACAAACAGCUCUCAAACAACCCCUGUGCCAACAAGUGCACCUCUUCAAGGGUGGACAUCAUUUCAGCUGUUCAUCAUGAUCAUCAUCAUCGCGAUUAUCGUUGUGGGUAACCUUAUGGUCAUCAUCGCCAUAGCACGCACCUCCCAGCUGCAGACCACGACGAAUAUCUUCAUUAUGUCGUUGGCAUGUGCUGACCUCAUAAUGGGGGUGGUGGUGGUGCCACUGGCUGCCAUGAUUGUUGUAAAAGGGGAAUGGACACUUGGUGAGGUACCGUGCAGAUUAUGGACAUCGGUUGAUGUUUUAUGUGUCACAGCCAGUAUAGAGACCCUUUGCAUCAUCGCAGUGGAUCGGUAUAUUGCGAUCAUGCGGCCACUGCGGUAUAAAGUGCUCCUGAAUAAGUGCAGGGCUCGAAUUAUCGUUUGUGUCGUGUGGCUGCUCUCAGCUCUAAUCUCCUUCGUCCCAAUCAUGAACGACUGGCAUGCUGGGGCCGAUACAGGAAACAAAAAUGACACAGACAAUUACAAAGACACCUGUGCUUUUGAUACAAACAUGGCCUUUGCUAUAUUUUCAUCAGGGAUUUCGUUCUACAUCCCACUACUCAUCAUGAUUUUUGUCUAUGCACGUGUCUUCCUCGUCGCCACAAGACAGGUACAGCUCAUUGGCAAUAACCGCCUGAGGUUCCAAAACGAGUGCAUAGGAAAUCAGGUCCAUGGCAACAACAACUUGCCUUCGAUGUGCAAUAACGUCGGUGGGAUGACGGCAAGGCGGAAAAGUUCCCGCAGGCGACCGUCCAAAUUAACCGCUGUGAAGGAGCACAAGGCCCUCAAGACGCUGGGCAUCAUCAUGGGCAUCUUCACACUGUGCUGGCUGCCUUUCUUCGUGGCGAACAUCAUCAAUGUUUUCAAUCGAGAUCUGCUAACCAUGUAUGUUUUUCGAUAUUUAAACUGGUUAGGCUACAUCAACUCCAGCCUCAAUCCCAUCAUCUACUGCCGCAGCCCAGAGUUUCGUGCGGCCUUCAAGAACCUUCUCGGCUGUCCCUGGGUAUCCCCGCUGAGAAUGAACUUCCUUUACAAGGAGCUUCGGACUCGAUGCACUUGCUUCCUGGGUUCCGCAGAGUCGGGAAUGCCUGGAUCGUUCGAGAAGCCCCCCACAUCCCCAGGGGCACUGCCUGGGGAAGGGAGCAGCCAGAGCAGCUACAGGAGCGAGGAGCCGUCGCCGGGACCACCGCACUCCAACGGACGCACGUUCUUCAGUGAUUUCUCCGAGCCGGAGACGGAGUUCUGUAACCUAUAGGAGCAGGAUGGCUGAGAGUCUCUAGCAUGGCUGAAAUGAAAGGACGAUGAGGAAGAAGAAACAGGGAAAAGGACUGACUUACAUCACAGUUGGCGGGACUUUCCCAGCAGAGACCACAAGGGCCCAGCAAAAACAUCCAUGAAAGCCAUCAGGGGAGCCUGCUCCAAAACUGAAAGACAGAAGAGUGCAAAGAUAUAGCCAUAGAGAGGCAAGCACUAUGGGAACUUUCUCACAAACAGCUCGUCUAUGGAAAGAACGACUGAACUGGUACUGUUCAUGAAGGAGUGUAACAUGGAGUGAUCCGAUACUGCUAACGUUCUAUUAAGUACUGGAGCAAUCCACUUCAGCCCGGUUUGUUCUAGUUCGUUUGGCAAAAAAAAAAAUGAAUCAGACCAGUAGGUCCUCCAACAUGUUUUUUCAGUGCUAUGUUCUGAGUAUGGACUUCUUCAAAUUCAUGUGACACAAAAACUCUAGACUUUAUAGACUUUCCAAGCACAGUGUGUUUUUUAAAAUAUAAAAAGUUAAGAUUUUGUACAAUAUCAAUACUAAAUUAUUAUUAUUUAUUUUAACCCCCACAUUUUAUCUGUGAAUGUGUAGAAUACCUGCCACGUUAAUAUUUCUGUGUUUUCCACUGAUUUUUCCCAGUCCAGCAACCUCAAUAUAAGCUAAAAUAUUCCCUGAUCUAAUGUUGCAAGCAAACCUGAACUCUCCCUAGAAUAGAGAGCGUAUAGUCGGCUUCGCCAAUUUUCAUGGGAUUUUUCAAAUAUGUUUGCUGUUGUAAAAAAAAGUAGAGAAAGGCCAAUUCUU